AUGGCUACUAAUUUCCAUAGGAAAUGGGUUUCCGUGAGUGUUCUUAUUAUGUGCAUUGUUCUUGAAUUGAGUGUGAUCAGUGUUUUGGGUGAUCAGAAGCUUCACCCACAAAGAUAUGGAGAUGAUUGUCGAUUUGGACGUGGACCACGGUGCAGGGGUUGGAGGGGCCGACGUGGCCGUGGUGGUGGACUAGGGGGAGGAGGAGGGUUUGGCGGUGGUGGAGGUCUUGGUGGUGGUGGAGGUCUUGGCGGUGGUGGAGGUCUGGGCGGUGGUGGAGGUCUUGGUGGUGGUAGAGGUGGUGGAGUAGGCGGUGGAGGAGGGUUUGGUGGUGGUGGUGGUCUUGGUGGCGGGGGAGGUGGUGGUCUUGGUGGUGGGGGAGGUGGUGGUCUUGGAGGUGGUGGAGGUCAUGGCGGAGGCCUUGGUGGUGGGGGAGGUCAUGGCGGAGGUCUUGGUGGUGGAGGCGGUUUUGGGGGCGGCGGAGGAGCUGGGGGAGGUCAUGGUGGAGGUUUUGGUGCUGGAGGAGGUGUAGGUGGUGGAGUAGGAGGAGGCAUUGGUGGGGGUGGUGGUGGUGGUGGCGGAGGAGGAGGAGGUGGUGGGGGAGGAUUGGGUGGUGGAUCAGGCCAUGGUGGAGGGUUUGGAGCUGGUGGUGGUGUUGGUGGAGGCUUAGGUGGUGGAGCAGGUGGAGGGGGAGGAGGAGGAGGUGGUGGUGGGGGUGGUGGUGGUUUGGGAGGAGGUUCAGGCCAUGGUGGAGGAUUCGGUGCUGGUGGUGGUAUAGGAGGUGGUCUUGGUGGUGGAGCGGGAGGAGGAGGAGGUGGUGGUGGUGGAGGAGGGGGUGGAAUAGGCGGAGGUUCAGGUCAUGGUGGGGGCUUUGGUGCAGGAGGUGGUGUAGGAGGUGGUGCAGGAGGAGGAAUAGGUGGUGGUGGUGGUGCUGGAGGAGGUGGCGGUGGAGGAAUAGGAGGAGGUUCUGGUCAUGGCGGAGGCUUUGGCGCAGGUGGUGGUAUAGGUCAUGGCGGCGGUGGAGGUAUAGGCGGAGGUGGCGGCGGCGGUCAUGGCGGCGGUGGAGGGUUUGGCAUUGGAAUUGGCAUUGGAGUUGGGGUAGGAGCUGGGCAUGGUUCCGGCAGUGGUUCCGGUGUAGGCGGAGGAGGAGGUGGGGGUAAACAUUAG